AUGCCGGCGACAGUUCGACCAGCUGCUGCCAAACGGGCCAGCACGGAGAAAUCAGCCUAUUCGACCUCGAAUUCGGUUUCUCCUUCCGACUCUCCAUCUUUCAACCCAUCUCCUCAUUCCUCAAACACCUCUCUCAGCGACCUUGAUGUCAAGACCAACAGCCAUCCCAAGCUCAUCAAUACGUAUGGUCAGGAAUUCAAGAUUCCAGACUAUACCAUUAAGGACAUCUAUGAUGCUAUUCCAAAGCACUGCUUCAAGCGAAGUGCUUUGAAGUCAUUGAGCUAUGUUUUCCGGGAUAUGGUUUACUUGACUGUCACAUUCAUUGCCUUCAACAACUAUAUCAUCCCAGCUAUUCCUAAUGUCUACGGUCGAGCUGUAGCCUGGGCAGUCUACACUGUCCUUCAAGGUCUCUUCGGAACUGGUUUGUGGGUCAUGGCUCAUGAAUGUGGUCAUGGUGCUUUCUCGGAUUCUAAGACUAUCAACAACACAGUCGGCUGGAUUCUUCACUCAUCGCUCUUGGUCCCAUACUUCUCAUGGCAAAUCUCCCAUCACAAGCACCACAAGGCAACUGGUCAUAUGCAGCGUGAUAUGGUUUUCGUUCCACGCACACGCGCCGAAUACGCCCUUAAGUUUGGUGCUCAGGUCAGUGAAUUGAUGGAAGAAACUCCUCUCUACACUGCCGGCCAUAUGAUUGCCCAACAGCUUUUCGGAUGGCCGUUGUAUUUGAUCACUAAUGUCACUGGCCACAAUUUCCACGAGAGACAAUCCGAGGGCCGUGGUAAGGGAAAGAAAAAUGGUUGGUUUACUGGUGUCAACCACUUCGAUCCUGCCUCUCCACUUUAUGAGUUCAAGCACAGCAAAUUGAUCUUGUUGAGCGAUCUGGGUUUGGCUAUUAUGGGCUUCAUCCUGUACACCGCCUGCCAGAGGUGGGGUGCUGCCAAUGUUCUAGUUUGGUACGGUAUUCCGUAUCUUUGGGUUAACCACUGGUUGGUUGCCAUCACAUACCUCCAGCACACAGACCCCACUCUCCCUCACUAUGACCAAGCUGCCUGGAACUUCACACGUGGUGCUGCUGCUACUAUUGACCGUGAGUUCGGUUUCAUUGGCCGUCAUCUCCUCCACGGUAUCAUCGAAACCCACGUUGCCCAUCACUACGUUUCUUCAAUCCCAUUCUACAACGCCGAUGAGGCCACCGAGGCCCUCAAGGAGGUCAUGGGUGAACAUUACCGUUCCAAUACCGAGGGCGGCAGCUGGGGUUUCCUCGCUGCUUUGUGGCAUUCUGCUAGGUGGUGCCACUUUGUUGAGGAGCCAGUUGGUGCUGAGGGAAGUGGUGUCUUGUUCUUCAGGAACAGGAACGGGCUCGGUGUCGCACCGCGUAAGGAAGGGGAUUUGAAGAAGGAGAUUAUCAUUGGAGCCGACGAGUAA